AUGUCCCCGACCAAAACCCUGAAGGUCCGAGUGGCCCUCCUCUGCAUCCUGGUGGGCACUGUGCUGGCCCUGGUGGGCGUGGUGACGGACCACUGGGCCGUGCUGAGCCCCCACGUGGAGCACCACAACACCACCUGCGAGGCGGCCCACUUCGGCCUCUGGCGGAUCUGCACGAAGCGGAUCUUCGUGGGCGACAAGGAGAGGAGCUGCGGCCCCAUCACCCUGCCCGGGGAGAAAAACUGUUCCUACUUCAGGCAUUUUAACCCAGGCGAGAGCUCGGAGAUCUUCGAAGUCACUACUCAGAAAGAGUAUAGCAUCUCGGCCGCCGCCAUCGCCAUCUUCAGCCUGGGCUUCAUCAUCGUGGGCACCCUCUGUGCACUCCUGUCCUUCCGGAAGAAGCGGGACUACCUGCUGAGGCCGGCCUCCAUGUUCUACAUCUUCGCAGGCCUCUGCCUCUCCGUGUCGGCGGAGGUCACGCGGCAGUCGGUGCAGCGCAUGGUAGACAGCGAGCACACGGCCUGGAUCGCGCACUCGCUCGCCUGGUCCUUCGUCUGCGCCUGCGUCGCCGCAGCCCUGCUCCUGGUCGGCGGCCUCGCGCUGCUGCUCCUCGCGCUGCCGCGGAUGCCCCGCGACCCCUGGGAGUCCUGCAUGGACGCCGAGCCCGAGCACUAG